UUCCUAUAUGAACAGCUGAGCCCCAGCAAUGCUUUGCCAGGCACCUCAAUGCCUUUAGGUCAACUGCCCAAGAUCAAGGAUGCCAUAUAUGUGUACUACUCAGCUGUAGCCAUAUUCUAUGCUCCUGAUGACCCAUCAGGUAUUGACAGUAUGCAUCGUGAGCGCAUUCGGGCAAUACCACAGUGGUGUGGGUCAGCACCU